GUUAUUAUUAUUUUUUUUCCCAAAAGAAUUUUAUAACCAAAAAAAAAAAAAAAAAAUGUUCACAAUGUUGGUUAUGAUUUCGGAUUGGUUUCUGAAUUAUAUACAGAAUUUUUUCAAACAAAACAUUUCGAAUCAAUCCGAUUCGAAUGUUGUUAAUGGUAAUAAUAAUAAUCUUAUUUCGACAAAUUCAUCAAGUCAAACAAGCUAUGAAAAUAUCAUUUCAUUGACAUUCUAUUAUGCAUGGCAUGUGAUUACAAGAAAAAUUGAUCAUAAUUAUCCUGAUGUAAGAAAAAAUGUUCUUAAAUCUGAAUCUGUUACAAGAGCAAUUGAACAUGUUUCCUGUGAUCAAUAUAUGAAAAUACAAACAACAAAACAUCCAGAACAGCAGCAGCAACAAAAUAUUCGACAUAAAGAUGUAAAAGAUCAAAAUGAUUAUAAACAAUGUAUACGAGAGAAUCGUCGUCGAGCAUAUGAUUUAUUUGAAGAGCUUAGUUCAUGUAUUUCAUCAUCAUUAUUACGUAUUGCCGGUUGGAUAUUAUAUCGUCUAUUAUCAAGAAUGUUUAAUAGCGUACAAUUUAGUAAAGCACAAAUUGAACAGAUUCGACAACGGCAAAAAAUAUUUAAUAAUCACAAAAAACAACAACAACAACAGCAGCAAACAGAAUUACCAAUUCUAUAUCUACCAUUACAUCGUUCAUAUUUGGAUUGUAUUUUGAUAACAUUCAUACUAUCAAUGAAUGGUCUUAGCCCUCCAUUGAUUGCUAUUAGUGAACAUUUUUCUAUACCAUUUUUUCGUAAUCUUAUUCGUGGUUUAGGUGCAUUUUUUAUUCGUAAAAAAUCUAACAAAAAUAAUAUUAAAAGAUCAAUGAAAAAUAAUGCUACGAUUGAUCAUCAACAUGAUGAUAAUGAUAAUGAUCCAAUACAUGAAGCAAUACUACGAUCAUAUAUUAUUGAAAACCUUCGACAAGGAAAUUCAUUAGAGUUUUUCCUUGAAGAUUCUCGUACAUCAACUGGUAAAGUUUUGAUGCCAAAUUUACAUUUAUUAUCAAUUGUUUUGGAUGCACUGGCUGAAGGUUCGGUGCAACAGGUUUGCAUUGUUCCCGUAUCAAUAUCAUAUGAGAAAUCAAUUGAAGGUGCUAAUCUAGUAGUACGUGAACAAAUGGAAUUACAGCCACAGCGAUCAUCCAAUUCAUCAUCGUCAGCACCAUCAUUUAUAACAACAAUGAUGAAAAUAUGGUCAAUACUUCGUUCCAAUUAUGGAACAGUGCGUGUAGAUUUUGGAAAACCAUUUAUUCUCGAUGAAUAUAUAAAUCAAUGUAUGGCACAGCAGCAGAUUCAAAGACAAUUACAAAUUGAACAAAAAAUGAUAAUGAAAACAAAUGAUAUAGCUGAUACUAAUGUUGUUACAAAUGAUUCAGAUAAUACAGAAUCCAAUUUUCCAAUUCCACAAACAAUCGAUUAUGGUGUUACAAUGGCUGAUUGUGUUGCUUGUCCACCAUCAUUUGAUCGAAUUACUCACUGUAAAAAGAAUAAUAAAUUAUCAUUAUCGGCGACAAAAUUGAUGAAAAAGAUCGAUAUCACAAAUGAUAAUGGUAUCGAUGAAAAUAGCAAAAGUGAUGAAGAAAUGCAACAUAGAUAUCGUUGUUGUGAUUCAUUAGCUAAACAUGUACUAUAUGAUGCAUAUCGUGAUUCAUCAUUAAUGUCAACACAUUUGGUAUCAUUUUUAUUAUUGAAUAAAUAUCGAUCAAAAGGUACAACAAUCGAUCAAUUAUCGUUGGAUAUGGAUUGGUUACGGCAAAUAAUUUGUCGUGAUAAACAACAAAAUUUAUCCAUCGCAGGUGAUUCACAUUUAUUAAUAAAACAAGCGAUACAAUUAUUACGACAAGAAGAAUUAAUUCAAACGGAAAAAGUUCGUCUUAAAUGGUCAUUAUGGAAUAAAUAUUAUCAUCAUUCAUAUGGUGGUAAUAAUAUUGUAAGAAAUUCAUAUCGUCAACGAAAUCAAUGGAAUAAUGAUGACAAUGAUUAUGAUUAUGAUAAUGAUUAUGGUGGUGGUGGUGAUGCUAAAUCGGAUUCACGAUUAGAGAUAAUCUAUUUGAAACCAUCAAAUAAAUUACAACCAUUAUUACAUUUACAACAUUAUUCAAAUUAUUGUUCAUCAUUAUUUAUAUUUGAAUCAGUUUUAGCCAUAUCAUUACAUUCAUUUGUACAACAAACAGAGAUCUCAUCACUCAUCUAUGAUCCAUCAACAUUUGUUUCAAAUCUUUCCAUAAAUAAACGGGAAUUUUUUCAACGUUGUCGUACAAUUUGUUCGCUAUUACAAAAUGAAUUUAUUUUUAUCAAGAGCUGUCAAUCAUUGGAUCAAAUGUUAGCAAAAACAUUUAUCGAUUCAUUCUGUAAACGUGAUAUAUUCAUAUUGAAUCCAAACAAACCGACUGGUUUAACAUUACCAAUGUCUGAUGUUGCCAAUCAUCUUUAUCCACAACAUCAUCAUCAUCAAAAUCAAAAUGUUACGAAUCAUUCAUCAUCAUUAUCAUCAACAUCAUCAUCAUUUAAUAGAUUAAAUCGUUGGCUAUCACCAACACGUAGAAGACAACGAAGACGUAAUCGAUUAUUUAAAAAUCUUGAUGUAACAUUACAAAAUGAAUGUAUAUUAGAAGUUGAUGAAGAUUUAUCAUCAUCGAAUGAUGAUGAUGAUGAUGAUAAUGAAAAUCAUCACCAUCAUCAUUUACCACAAGAAUUUUAUAUUCGUUUAACAGAAAAAAAUUGUCAAUUAUUAUCAUUAUAUCGUUCAAUAUUAGAACCAUAUGUACAGACAUAUUGGUUUGUUGCCGAUAGAAUAGCUAAUCAUUAUCAAAAUUCUGAUUCAACUGAAUCGACAACUAAAUUAAUGAAUGAUUCAAAAUGUAUCAAUCAUCAACAACAACAUUCGAAUGUUAAAAAUCAUAAUAAUAAACCAAUCAUAAUGGAAAAUGAUAUAAUUAAUAUUGAUGAAAAAAUAUUCCUAAAAAUGUUGAUAAGUUCAGGCUAAACAAAUGGCACAUAAUGGAUAUAUUUAUUAUGAAUGUGCAUCCAUACAGACAUUGAAAAAUGCAUUGAAAUUUUUCGCAUCAUUUGAUAAAGAUGUUUGGAUGGCCGCCGAUUCAAAUAAUAAUAAUAAUCAUCAUCAUCAUCAUAAUAAUGAUAAUGUUAAACAACAAGUACAAAGAAAAGAUCAUAAUCAAUAUUCAUGGCAAAAAUAUUCAAUGAAUAUUAAUCAUGGACGUAUAAAAACCAUUGCAGAAUUGUUAAGAAUUUUCAUAAGAAAUCUUGUACAACCGAAAUUAUCAUAAAUUCUUUUCUCUCUCUUCUCUCUCUUUGUACUACAAGUGAUGGCUAUUUAAUUGUAUGAUGAAAAAUGUCAAAUGAACGAAUAAAAUGUGAGCAACAAGAAAAAAAAAUGAGAGAAAAAAAGAAAAAGA